AUGAGACGCACCGUGCAAAGGCGAGCAAGCCUCUCAGCCAACAUGAAAAUUGGGGACUGUCAGAAGUGCUGCAGGACUCCCAAAGAAGUGGACAUCUUCAUCCCCUUCUCUCAGGAAAAGCUGGUCAAGCCAUGGAGUUCCAUGCACAGCUUGGCCAACUGGACCCAAGACAGCAGUGAGAUCCCACACCAAAGGAACCAAUAUUUCUUGACCCUCAACGUUGGAGGAAAGUGUUUUCACAUUGCUUGUAGAGAGGCUGCAAGGUACCCCAUCACCAGGAUUGGGCGACUGGCCACCUGCACAGAUCCCGUGAAGAAGCUGGAACUGUGUGAUGACUACUCAGUGCUGAAGAAUGAAUAUUUCUUUGACCGAGACCCCCUCAUCUUCCACUACAUCUUCCACUUCUAUCACAGUGGCGUCAUGUGGAUCAUGAAUGAGUUGUGUCCAGCCAACUUCCUGGAGGAGAUUGAGUACUGGGGCAUCCACAUGAAAUAUGCUCAGCGGUGCUGCCGAAUCCUCUUUGAGGAGAAGCAUGACGAGAUGGCUGAGUACCUGAAGGUCCAGCGGGAGCUAGAGGCUGAACUGGAACCCGUUGAGAGGGAAGAACAUUUUGAGGGCAAGUUCAUGGGCCAGUUCCGGAAGGCUGUCUGGAGUCUGAUUGAGAACCCAUACUCCUCUGUCCUUGCUAAAAUCACUGCCAUCUUGUCCAGCUUCUUUGUCCUCCUCUCCAUCAUGGGGAUGAUGCUCAGCACGGUAGAGGAGAUGCAGCACGAGACUAGCAAGUGGUGCAUGGAGCACCUGGAGACCGUUUGCGCCAUCUUCUUCACGCUGGAGUAUCUCAUGCGGCUGGUCUCCACCUCCACCCCACAGCAGUUCUUCCGGGCAGCCUUCAGUGCUGUGGACUUGGUAGCCAUCUUGCCCUUCUACAUCCAGAUCUUCUUUGAGUUCCUGGGCGAGGGGGAGUCUGAAGGCCACGGGGAACUGCAUCAGAUGCAAAACGUCGGGAAGCUGGGGAAGAUCCUCAAGCUGAUCAAGCUCCUGCGCAUCUUCCGCAUCCUCAAACUGGCCCGACACUCCACGGGGCUGAGGGCCUUUGGCUUCACCCUCCGGCAGUGCUGCCAGCCUGUCUGCUGUCUCCUCCUCUUCAUCGCCAUGGGUGUCUUCACCUUCUCUGCUCUCAUGCACUCCGUUGAGCACGACGUCCCUGGCACCAACUUCACCAGCAUCCCUGAUGCCUGGUGGUGGGCGGCAGUUAGCCUCUCCACCGUGGGCUAUGGGGACACGGUGCCAGACACAUUCCUGGGCAGGACGGUAGCCUUUGGAUGCAUCGCCUUCGGCAUCAACGGGAUGCCCAUCUCGAUCCUCUACAACAGAUUCUCCGACUACUAUGCCAAGCUCAAGUCUCAUGAGAACGAGGCGGCGGUUGUACUCAAGCUCUCCAGGAAGCACAGCCUGAGGGAGAGGGUCUGGAGGAAAUUUGCCAGAUGCUGGUGCCCCAACGGCCCUGUGGGCAGCCCACCAGCCUCGCCCCUGGUCUCAGACCAUGUCUACCCUCACUGCAGAUAG